UCCAUCAGCAGGAGCAGAUACAAGUUGAUGAAUUCCUGGAAUCACCUGGUGAACCCGAGUGUCCUCCAUGGAAACCGGAUAUUGCAAGUUUCAUUAUCCAAGUCUCGAACCAAAAAGCCAGCUGCCAAAAUCAGCAAAAGCAAAAGCAAUCACAUUGGUGAUGGAACUAGCAGCAUUUGUUUGCCUUUCACACACUUCUCAAUGAGAGUAUAUCUUCCCUUCACAAUCCACUAGGGGCCAUGCCAAGCACACGCCUAAGAAGAAACAGAAAAAUCGAAGCAAAAUGAAUGCUCCAGGAACCCUUAACCAACGAUCCAAAUUCACUCAUGUCAUCAUACCAACCCCAAAAAGUCGACCCAAUCCAUGGCUUUUAAAGGCCAAAACUUCAAUUCGCCAAACUACCCUUUCUGAUCACCAAACAGUUACUUAUCAUUGAAGCCCAUUUCCGUCAUUCCACAAUAUCAUUGAACUGUUUUUCUCCAUUCUUUUCUUCCUUGGUCUUCGUUUUCAGUUUUUUCAUUUUCUUUCAUUAAACAAUGGCGACCAGUUUGAUACGACGGGCGAUGAAUAUGACGUCACGCGUUUCGUCAUCAGCUGUUUCUCCGGCGUCGAGGCUGGUGGCUGACAGGCCCUAUGCCAGCGAAACGGAAGCUCAAAAGGUAGAACCAAAACCAGCCGCCGCUACCAAUAUGAAAACCUUCCAAAUCUACCGAUGGAACCCAGAUAACCCAACGAAACCACAACUCCAGGACUACAAAAUCGACCUAAAAGAAUGUGGGCCCAUGGUUCUCGACGCCCUAAUCAAGAUCAAGAACGAGAUCGACCCAUCGCUCACCUUCCGUCGCUCCUGCCGUGAAGGAAUCUGCGGCUCUUGUGCAAUGAACAUCAACGGCUGUAACGGCUUAGCUUGUCUUACCAAGAUCGAAUCAGGAUCGUCGGAGACAACGAUCACGCCGUUACCACAUAUGUUUGUGAUAAAAGAUCUGGUGGUAGAUAUGACCAACUUUUACAAUCAAUAUAAGAGCAUUGAGCCUUGGUUAAAGAGGAAGAAUCCGCCGCCAACGGCAGAGAAAGAGAUUCUGCAGAGUAAGAAGGAUAGAGCAAAGUUGGAUGGGAUGUAUGAGUGUAUUUUGUGUGCCUGUUGUAGUACCAGCUGUCCCAGUUAUUGGUGGAACCCUGAAUCUUAUCUGGGUCCUGCUGCUUUGCUUCAUGCUAACAGAUGGAUAAGCGACAGUCGAGAUGAAUACACAAAGGAGAGAUUGGAGGCUAUAAAUGAUGAGUUUAAGCUGUAUCGAUGCCAUACAAUAUUGAACUGUGCUCGUGCUUGCCCAAAGGGCCUGAACCCAGGAAAGCAGAUCACACACAUCAAGCAGCUUCAGCUUAUCGGUGCUUAAGGUUUCAAAUUUUAACAAUAAAAUGUUGUGUAUUGAUCAAGUUAAUCUGGAUUAUUUUUGUGAGGUCUCCUCGAACAAUUUGCUUUGAGAUAAUAAUGCAAAUAAUUGUAUUCUCCCUCACAUUGUACUUAAUUUUGUUAUAAUUUGUUCUAGUGCUGAUUUGGGUCUUUUUUCCUUGUUACUCUGUUGCAUGCAAUAAAUGA